AUGUGCACGCAGAGAUUACUACUCGUGAGCUUCUUAGCUCUGUUCGCGUCUCCAACGGAUAGUGAAUCCACAUUGGCGUCCACCAUUAAUCAAGUUGUCAAACCCGAGAGUACUGUUAGUAAUGCACAACACGAGGACCCAACUCAGCCCUCGCGUCGGAACAGGUCGAAUCCUCGAGUUAACAACUCACCAAGAAAGGAGAAUGUUAGCGACGCACAAUCUGUAAAGAAUGAUACAACUUCUUUAACGCUGCAGCGCGAAAUCUUAGCUCUUAUGGGCUUGCCGCAUCGUCCUCGCCUCAGUCUUAACACCCGUCUUCAUGGCCGCAAAAUGUCUGCCCCACUCUAUAUGAUGGACUUGUACAACAGCUUGGAAAUGAAUGCCAGUGAUUCAAACGGAAAUUUUUGCUGCGAUAGCUCGGUCAUGGAUUCACGAGCGGUUGGUGCGGACACCAUCAUGAGCUACGUUAACCAUGGUAAGGUCAUCUUCCAUAAAAAUAUUAACGUCCAAAUUGGUACUGUUUUUUCACUAACGUCUGAGGGUUUUAUUGAUUACAAUCGGUAGAUAACAGUACUGUAAUUGCAUAAUCGCGUAUGAGAAAUGAUAGCUUUAUUUGAAUAGAGCUUUUAGAGUAAGUAUUUGUAGAAGACCCACAAGUUUGUAUAUGGGUACCAACCAAUGACAUGUUACGCGCUAGUGUACGCGAAAGAAACCAACAAGUGUUCGGUUCGAAAUCGACCACGGUAUGUAGAGAGUGGAUAAUUAUGAAGUGAAAUGUACAAGCUAAUCCGUAAUAGGCCAAGAAAAUUUAUUGCCAUGACGCAGUUCACGGCAACAUUGUUACCACAGAAAGGGAGAAAAGGAACAUUAACAAUAUCGCCACAUUCUGUACUGCUUAUUAUCCGUGCCGUAAAAAAUGACAAAUGUUUUUCAUUUUCUGCGCCUCCUUAGAAAAUUUGUGGUCCUAUUGUCUAAAGCGGAAACCUUGUCUGUAUUGUUAAGAGAUAUUUAAUUAGCACUUCUCGAAGAUACUUCACGAAUUAUCGCAGUUUUUGUCGCGCACUUUUUGUAUCUUUAAAAGUAAUAUACUUGGCCGAAUAAAACUUCUAUAAAAGUGAAGUAAUAUCACACUUCUCUUUUGAUAUGUGAAUCGCACAUCAGAGCAUUAAAAACUAAGCCUGGGAUGAACGGAGCCCAUUUUUUUAUACAGACUUGAAAAGAUGAAGGAAGAUUUUAAAGAAAGCAGUUUGACGGGGUUAAUAGUUUAAUCAGUUUACGCGCAAAGGAUAGAAAAAAUGUAAUAAGCAACUUAAAUAAAUCUUUCCAUCUAGUAAAAAAAUAAGCUAUUUAUAACGACUUGACGUCGCUUUCUGCUAAGAAAAUUGAUGUUGGCGUGUAAAAUAUACCCAAAAUUAGCACAAGGCGUACAUCUUUUAAAUUAGAGUGCUUUUAUCGGUUCCACCAAUAGCCUCCAUUUGGAAUCCUAAGUUAUUAAUCAUUACUAAACGUCACGUCUGUAAAUGUGGCCCCUUGCAUUGCUCACGAGCCUACUGAAUAUGUUUUCGUAGUUCCGAUUUAUCAUUUUGUCACCGCACCGGAUACUUCGAAAUGUCCUGUACUCAACUAAACUUUUUGGAACAGAUCGAGUUUUAAAAUCUCAACGGUAUCUUUACCUAUCUGAUAUUGCGGCAAUUGACACAGACAAAAUUAGUCAUCAUUGCUCGCCAGAAAGAAGCCUUGUAAUAGCGACGUUAUUUUCUUUCUGUAAUGUUUAAGUUCUGUGCAUUUACAAAUAAGCCGAAAACAUACAACCUUUUUUUUUUAAGUCUGGUCACGUAUUAUUAUAAUCAGUUGUUUUGUGAGAUGAAAAUCUUUGACCGCAAAGAGAAAUCUGAAAAGUCAAUCAAUAUUUCGCCAUUUUAAAACGUAGCUUUUAACUUUAACGAAUUCUAAAGUGGAUCUUUUUGGAGUCCAUUGAUGAAUGACAUUUUCCAGUGGCAUUACUGAAUUGGAAGCUGCUGUAUUGAACGGUACUUUCCGGUAACUCGCUGUUUUAUACUGCUAAAUAAUGUGAAGAAUUUCUAUAACUUCACCUUGGUGUGCCUCAAUUCAGAGACGCCUUAGCGCUCACGGCAAUUCCUACUUCGAUGCCUUAGCACUAUUUUCACUUUAUGCCGUUUCUGGUAAACUGUAUUUACCGCUCGAUUUUUUAUUUAUUUACAAUUUGACAACCGUCAUCAGUUCGAGAUGUAUUUAGGCAAAAUUUCGUGACUAGACAUGGGCGAAUUGAUGCAGACAGAGUUAAAUGGCCUGAAAAAUGAUGAGUAUGCGAAACAAGGCCUAAUCUUAGAAAGGCACUUAUCGACACUCCACGACCACUUAAAAAUACACUGAUCGAUCCGACAAAAUGACGAAUUUCUGUGACAUAUGUCAGUAUUUUAUGGUCAAUGGCACCUUGAAAUAUGCAAACUAAUUGGAUAAAAAAGAUUCUUCAUGGCAAAACAGAAUAGGUCGGUGGGAUAAGGAUCUUUUUAACAAGGAUCGAUGCAAGCGGAUUAAAGUGCAGUUAAUCUUUUUUGUCCGAAUCAGAGGUGGUCCCAAUAGAAUAUAUAAAAAAAUGAUGUUCUUGAUGAAACGUCGAGUGUCUGAAAGUUUAUGCCUUACGUUCGUCGCUUUUACUUGAAAUAUUAAGUGUCGAUGCAUGUAGCUUUGCAUCUAAUGGGGGACACAUAGACUAAAUUAGAACCCCGGUAACUCGAACUCUGAAGGGAAAAGAAAAAUAGUUCGAGUUAGCUGGGCUUUCGAGUUAUCGGGGUAAAUUCAGUGAAAUUUUGAUCAAGGGAAAGGAAAUAUAGUUCGAGUUAGAGGGGAAUUCGAGUAUAUACUUUCUUAAUAUACCUAAAAAGAAAUUGUAAAAAUAUCUUCCAUGCACUAUAAUUAUUAAAAACCUAUUUUGGUACACAUUUCUGUUAUCAACAGUUGAUUAUGACUAUGCUUGAGUCAUUUCACGAGUCCGAAUAGGUCAACUUUCACCUUCUUGGAUUUCUGGGUAGCUCGGAUCAAAUGAAACUUGUCUUGGUGGGGUUUCGAUAAACAAAUCGGAAUUUAGAUUUUACUGAAAUCCUUCUCGGAUUUCUAAAGACGGAUUUCGAGCAUCAAAAUCGCUCAUAAAGAUUUUGACGUACAAAUCCGUAUAGUUGCGUAAUCUGUUUUGUGUUUCCGUGCUGUGAAGGAAAAUCUUAAAAUCCAGAUUUAAAAGUCCAAAUCAGGAUUUCUCUAUCGAACGGACCAUUAACAAAACAAGUAAGUCUGUUGACGAAAUCCUAUUGUUUAACGAUUGAAGUAGUCCGUUUCCUCUGGUGGCGGUUAUUGAGCUGUAUAAGCAGGGGCGGAUCUAGGGGGAGGGUGCAGGGGGUGCGCACCCCCCCCUCCCCCUGAGAUGACCUGCGGUUUCCUAAUACAACUAGUAUUCUGCUAAAAAAACUAUGUGGUUUGUUGGUGUUGAAGUAGAGCAAGAGACGAGUGCACCCCCUCCUAAAAAAAAUCCUGUAUCCGCCCCUGAUAAGCUGGGCCUAACUUUUGUGCUUGUUGAUCAAAUCCUUUCAUGUGACAAGCUACUAAGUAUUGCUUUCCUGAAGAACUUUUUAUUUUGUUGUAAUGGUGGUUUAAAAUUUCGAGUCUGUGAAAAAAAACCUUCAAAAAUUGACCCACCAUACUAGAAUUGCUCUCCUGUGGUACUCAAUUAAGCUGUGCAAGGUGGUUCUAAGAAGUCUGUGGAUGAGAUUCUACUGAAGUCUGUAAAGUGUAACCAUUCUAUCGAAACCUUUUGAGCGUUUGAGCGUUACUAUCCUUCUGUGUUACCGCGUAAAAGUUUGCUGUGACUUGCGUGGUCAUUUAAAUCGAAAUUAUGCUUUUUGGCGAAUUGGUGUAUCAAGAGUGUAAGGAGAGAUAAUCGCAUGUCCCUGAAGGCGAAAAAAGGGAUCAGAGAGGACACCCUAAAGAUAUUUUUAGAUAAAAUUAAGACGCUAAAAUUAUAACGGUACUUUUGAAAUAUGUGAAGAGCGGCUUCUUUUGACUUUUAGCCGGUCUGUCCAGCUGGAAAAGCCGAUUUGACGAUGAUUUGUUUUAUCAAGGAGUAGUUAUUGUUUCAUCGCAAAUUAUUUUAGUGAAAUUCGUCAAAUCUUUAAGUCGAAAUCCCCUGGUUCUUUUUGAUAAGAAUGUUUACUAAAAUAUCGCAUUUUCUCUGACUACUCUUAAUUUUACCAUCAGAUUAAGCACAACUGCAGCAUUAAAUUUGUUGGUAAUGAAAAAAAAAUAUUGAUAAAAGGGACAAUUUAUACAGGAAAGAAUAAAUUAAUAACAUUUUUUUCAAAUCGCUCCAAAAAAAGACGUUGUUUAGAAAGAAUGUACGAGAAACCGUGUAAAUGAAGAUAAAAAUUACAUUUUUGCCCGGGUGAAAUAAACACUGGCUGUGAUUUGCGGAAGGAAAACGGUAGCUUCGGAAUAUUCAGCGGAUAAGUAAAAGUUAAUUUGGACUUCCGUGCUGCUUCCGUACAAAGUUCUAACCGGCUUUGAGUCUGUGGACGAAAAUCCGACCAAGGGCCGUUAUCAUUCAAUUAAGACCUUAUGAGCAGUUUUUUCCCGUGGUAUUGUGUAUCGAACAGUAGAUGUAAUUAUGAAGUGUGCGAACGCCAUUUAAAUGUACUGUUAGUUUUUAAUACCUUCGUUGCCAUCCAUAAAAAUCUAACUAGGAUGAUUAAGAUUACUCUCACUCAGCAUUUUUAUACGUCUUGGAAAAGAUUUCUGUUAUCUAUUUUUGCAGUGCCUUCUUAAAAUAAUCACCUCUCUCUGCGUAAUUGCUGCUUUAUAAUUCCUUCUAAUACUGUCAUCCUAGCUGUCAUAUUUCAAAACUAAUGCCACACUAAAACGGAAGGCAAAUUGUAAACUUGUCCCUGAUUUUUAAAGUACGUUAUUAAGUUUGAUAAGAAUUUUGAUAAGGAGCAUUUUGAGGAGGUACUAGAAUUUUUGAUAACGAUGUCGCUGUUAUCAGAUACUUGCUAUCAGUAUCUUAAAUGCUGCUUGUAUCUUUUAUGCCCUUUAAUGGCGUGCUUUGAUUUUGAGACGGUGAUAGUUUUUCCAUCUGGACAUCACGGAUUUCGUGUUAAUGUCUGAGUUAUCAUGAUAUGGACGCCAGUGUUCUGAGGACAACAAAAUUUGCAGGGCUGUCGCAUUGCAACAAGGAAAGCUGUGAAAUGUAGUGAAUGGGGACUCGAGGAAACGGUGAUUCAGUGAUUGACUCUCAAACCUGAUAGCGUCGAGUAGGGCCAAAUAAAAAAAGGCCAUACAAAUGUAACUAUAUUUUUUGGUAAAAUCCUAAGAAAUAAAUGGUACAAUACCAAAGGUUUCAUUUGAAUGGUAAGUCACAGAAUUUCGUUCAGUCUGCAGAUUACAGGCUUACGUUUUUGCCGUGUGCGCGAGUGUUUUCGGUUCCCGUCAGUAAUAACGACCUGUCUAAUAACCGCCAUGUUGAAACGGCCAUAUUGAAUUAAUUAAAAAAGGGCGAAUCAAAGGGAAACGCUUACCCCAAGGGUUGUAAUUUCCACUCUCCCCAAUCUUCCCCAGGAAUAAAAUUAAAGAUGACCGCCACGGCAUUACGAACUGGCCAAUAUAAGAUCCCAUUGGCCUAAAACCCCUUGGACACCUUUUAAAAUUUUUACAACGUAGUAAAUGUAAAGUUUAUCGCUUUAGGUUUUUUUGUACUGUAGAUACCGUAAAAUUCUUAAAAUAAGCCCCGGAACUUAUAUUUUUCAAAGGCCCUUUUUGAGGGGCUUAUAUGCGGAGGGGCUUAUCUAUGGAGGGAAAUUUGCGUUUCAAAAUCAAUUGGGCUAGCCUUAUAGUUGGAACGAAAUUUACCGUUUUUGCUUUGUUUUACUUUGUAUGUGAGGGCAAUUUCCAAGUAAAAGCCCCCGGGGGCCUUAUAUUUGGAGGGGCUUAUUUUCGGAAUAUUGCGGUAUAUAAUGUAGAAGGGAUAAGGGCUAUGUUUCAUAAACUUCAUAACGUGUCGUGGGGCUUUUAGGCCGAUUACGAACAUUCACUCGUCCAAAAAAUACGUCAGAUCUGCAGAUUUCGUGUACAGGUGUACAAAGUAAAGUUACAAAAUCCAUGUCAUCUCAUCAUAACUCAGUCUAAGAGUGAAAGAGUUAGUUAAUUAAUUUCUUAUUUCCUGAUGAGAUGACUUUGAACCCCGACAAACUAGUCCAGUAGUCACUGCUGAGCGGAAACAGAAAUUUUUUUGUUGGCUGCAAAAUUCAGUCGUGCACCUGUUCCAGGCGUUCAGAUGGUGGAAGCUGUUGAAGAAGAAAAGUGAUUAGAGAAUCACGUGUUUCUUUUGCAAUAUAUAUGUGUAUGGGUACAGACACUAAGGACGCGAGCAAAUCAGGCAAAUAUUACUGGACUUGGAUCAAUUAACCUCUGACACGAGUUUCACAUUAGAAAAGCUGUUUUUAAAACGAACGGAACAAGAUUUUCGGGCCGCGAGCCAAAUCUUAGAUAAGACGAAAAACGUCUUCGAAAUCAAAAAUGUUACUGGAGUGAAUGUAAACAACAAAUCUCCGUCGGCGCCGGGUACAGUCCGGAAGGAAAUCUUGUCGAGUCAACAUGAUAGUUCUAUUGUCUUUUGAAGAAAAAACAGAUGACGCUCGCGCUUGCGCAUAAUCGCCUCGUGACAUAGUUCCUUUAAGCGUUUCACUGCCAGAGAGGGCGAUGGAGUUUUGUAAGGUGACUCUAACUUUUGAGUCUGCGGACCAAAUCCUAUGAUGUGACCUUUCAAACUCUAACUUUUGAGUCUGUGGACGAAAUCCUAUGAUGUGACCAUUCAAAUGAAAGCUCUCUGCCAGUACUUACAUUUGCUUUUUCCUAAAUUUGGCGGUGAAAGGAUUAAGCUCAAUGAUCUCAUCUGUAGAAGCAUUCACCUAUUUUUUGUAUCAAAAUAACUGACAUGUAUAUUUGUCUUUUUUUGGUAGUUCGCGGUGCGCGGCCCAAGCUUUCCAGACUACACGCUACGUUUCGUUUCAAGAUAGAAACACCGCAAGGAGAGAACAUGACUGCCGCGGAAUUUCGCAUUUAUAAGGAGCAGAAGUUCAACAAGCUAAGGAUCCCAAUUUUAAACGUCACGUACCGCGUCGAAUUACAUCAGGUUUGUAUCAGUUUACCCUAAAAAAGCUAUAUGUGACGGCUCCCCUCCAAGGUCCAACCUCUUACCCUUUAAUAUGCCAUUUUUGACCGAAAAAAGGUACCUCUUUCCUAUACCUUCUAUUGACAAAUGGUAACCUUGUCACUUAUCUAGUUAAAACCUUGCAUCCCUUUUAACCGCUGUAAAUGCACUGUCUUAAACCCUUUAGCUCCCAAGAGUGUCCAACAUCAGUUUUCUCCUAACAACAUCAGCAGAUCAAUAAGAGUAAGGUUAUGAGAAUUACUAAAUUGAUUACCAAAGGGAGAAUGCUUUGAUCUUAAACCAAAUUCUCUCAACUAUUCAUAAAAGAAAUGUAUGGAGAUCGGUCUGGAGAAUUUGUAUAUGGAUCUUGGGGCUUAAAGGGUUAAAAUAUGAAUAAAUUACCAAACCAGAACGUUUUGGCGAGUUUUCCAGUCAUAAAAUGCAUCUCUUAGUCCUUUUGGGCCUUUUACAGACCGUAAUGACAGAUUUUCCCACCCGUUUCAUAUGCUUCAACAAGUGAAAUCCCUACCCUUUCAUAUACCUCAAGCCUGGAAAAGGUACCCCUUUCGGGCGGAGCCUCCCUGUAUGGGCCAUUGUAGCCGGAAGCGCCCCGCGGGUGUGUUACGAAAUUUAUGAAAAUUUGAACAGUGAGAAUUGCACCCAAACUGGAGUGAAACAUAAAACUAACCCCUCAAAACAUUUAAAAGACGUUAUAAAUAACACAGCGAAUUCACAAAAGGAGAAACGGAUAGACAAACUUGAAGAACCAUGAAACGGAUUGUAAAUAUAAACAACAACUUUGCACGUGCAUCGCUCUUUUGUACAUUUCCUUGCCUUGCCUUGUCGAGGACAUUAAUACAAGACAAAGACUCUCCACUUCUUUUCCUGUAUUUUUAUAAAGUCUUCAAGAAUUCAACUCCAGACAAAUUUGCCAUCAUUUGACAAAUUGAACGAGUUGGAAUAAGUGGGAUAAAGUUUGAAGUAGCGCAAAUUCACUUUUUAAGUGACGUUUUCGUAGCCUUCGUCCGGCGUCGUUGUUGCUUAAGGUGAUGUUACACGGGACAAUUCGCAGCGAUGAUUUUUAGCGCAACACAGCGUUGCAAUGCUGGAACAAUGUUGUAACCAUUCGAAACAAUGUCGCAACAAUGUUGCAACGCUGUGUUGCGCUUCAGUUAAAUCGUCGUUUCGAAUCGCCUCGUGUAACAUCACCUUUUAGCUCUCUAUUAACAAAAUGAACUAGACAACCAUGACAAAGCCCCGUAAAACCCAGAAUGGUCUCCCUUAUAUCAAUUAAUUAAUUCUCAUUUGUUGCCCUCAUGCUUUUCCUCUCUUGAUUUUCCUAUAGAAACAGUUAGGAGAACAUGCUUAAGUAUCAGACUCUAAUUUCGUGUAGCAGGUAGCCUUACAAAAGAGCCGACAUUUCGCGACGCCACCACUGGCUGGUUUACCCUUUAACCCUUUAAGCCUUAAUAUCCAGAUACAAAUUCUCCAAACUGAUCUCCAUACAUUUCCUUCAAGAAUUAGUUGAGAGAAUUUGAUAGAAGAUCAAAGCAUUGUCUCUUUAGUGAUCAUUUUAUAAAUUCUCAUUGCCUUAUCUCUUGGCAAGGUAUCAAUAUUGUGGGGAGAAAAUUGAUGUUGGUCACCAUUGGGACUUAAAAGGUUAAGUGACGUCUGAGAAACAAGCAUAGAGAUUCCAUACUGAUGACGCAGCACUACUCAGAUCUGGAUAGUGCUUCUGAUUGGUUGGCUGAAGAAAAUUUACCACGCGGCACGACCAAUCAAAAGCACUACCCAGAUCUGGGUAGUGUCGCGUCAUCAGUAUGGAAUUUCUACGCUCGUUUCUCAGACGUCAUUUUGCGGGGAAAGCAGUAGUGGCGUCGCCAAAUGUCGGCUGUUUUCUGACGCUAUGAAGCAGGUAAAGAAGCACCAUUAUAACACAGUCUUUUUUUGUAAUCUAGGUUCGGCAGCCGGGAAAAGAUCUACAGCGGCUGGGCGUCCUUGUUGUACGUCACUGGGAAAAGGGCUGGCAAGCAUUUGACGUCACAACUGCUGGACUUGAAUGGGCGAAAGAACCCUCUAAGAACUUUGGGAUAGAACUUUCGGUGCGUACUAUGGCUGGAGUAGAAGUGAACCCAUUUGACAUCGGUUUUGUCGGUUUUCACGGCCCGCAAGAAAAGCGUCCAUUUUUAGUGUCGUUUUACCGUGGUGACACAUAUCGGCGCUUUUUCCCCAAUCAACCUUUUCCCCAGCAUUCCCCGAGGCGUCGACGCUCUCCUCGAUCUCUCAGGCCUCAGUUAGCCAACGUGGGAUCUAGCUCCAAGAGUGGUAACCACAAAAGCUGUAGUCGAAGGAUGCUCUACGUAAGUUUCCAGCGAUUAGGCUGGCAGGAUUGGAUCAUAGCCCCGGAGGGGUAUUCUGCUUUUUUCUGUCAUGGCGAGUGUUCCUUUCCUCUCAGCGCACAUAUGAAUGCGACAAAUCACGCCAUUGUACAAACGCUGGUACAUCUAAUGACCCCGAGUGUCGCACCUCAACCUUGCUGCUCUCCGACCAAACUCACGGCUAUCUCAGUUCUGUACUUCGACGAUGACAACAACGUUGUUCUUAAAAAGUACACGAAUAUGGUGGUGAAGGCCUGUGGUUGCCAUUAG